CCGUUCCGUGAAGAAAACGCCAUUACCCACAAUGCAUCGUCACCAUCACUGCUCUGUUGAGAGUUAGCGGCGGGAUCUUGUGUUGUUCUGUAUAAACGCCAAGCGUCGGGAGUACAAAAUAGUUGGCAGUUCAACUGACUUCACGUUAAAGGAGACACGCGACGUCAAAACUGGCCCCUCCACUGCCCGUCACCAUGCCCGCACUGCUGGAGAGACCCAAGCUGUCCAACGCGAUGGCCCGAGCGCUCCACAAGCACAUCAUGAGGGAGCGAGAGCGCAAGAGACAAGAGGAAGAGGAAGUGGACAAGAUGAUGGAGCAGAAGAUGAAGGAGGAGGAGGAGAGGAAGAGGACCAAAGAGAUCGAGGAGAGGAUGUCCUUGGAGGAAACCAAGGAGCAGGUGAUGAAGAUGGGCGAAAAGCUUCAGGGGCUCCAAGAGGAGAAACAUCAGCUCUUCUUGCAACUCAAGAAAGUUCUCCACGAAGAAGAGAAAAGACGGCGGAAGGAGCAGAGCGACAUCACCACCUUGACGUCGGCCAGCUACCAGGCCGGUCUUCCCAUGCACGCGGGCCAGCACCUCCUCAGCAUUCAGGGCAGCCCCGUCAGCCACAGCCGACCCGGCGCCCUGCUCGGAGAUCGGAGCAAGCAGCUUUUCCAGAGCGCCGUUCUUCCCACGCGCCACUAUCAGACGCCCGCGUUCAGUUCGGCUUCGGCGGAGCACGGCCAAUUCGGCGGGGCGCAGGGGGUCCACGAGUCCUACGGGGUGGCCCAAGCCCAGCAUCCCGCCACCUACGCCGCCGGACCGUCCGUCCCGGUCAGCUUCGCCGGCGGUUCUCAGAUCAGAGGAGCGUCCGCCUUCCAGGCCAUGCAGUACCUGCCCCACCAGCAGCCUGCCUACCCGGUCCACGGUCACUUCACCUCCCAGCCCGGGCGCCCUGAGGCCCAUGCACCCGCCCGCCAUGCAUCCCUCAACUCAAGGCUUGCUGUCCGCGCCGACCAUGGCCGUCCAGAUUCCCGGCGCAAAGGCUGCGUUCCAGAACUCGCCGCAGGCGGCGCCGCGUCACAGCUUCCUGCCCCACGGCCAGAGCGGCCAGAGGUUUUACCACCACGGCAAGUGAGCCGUCCUGGCAUUUCCUGCUCUCGGCUUGAGUUCACCCGUGGGACGAUGGCUGGACCCUUUUUUUUUUUUUUUUUUUUCCCUCCCCUCCCCUCCCAUGUGUUGUUGAUUGUAAGUUUAUGUACAGCAUAUGUUCACGUUAUGACGUAUAUUCUAUUUACAGCUUUUACUGUUUGUUUCUUAAUAAAAUGUUGUGCAACUCCCCGAGCGUAUUUCUAUUUUUCCUUGAUCAACUAUAAAGAAAACGAUCAUUUUAAGUAUUUUUUAAUUAGUUUGAUAGUUGUUUUUAAACAUUUGCUUGACUGUAGGCAAACGUAUUCAUCGUUGUGUUAUGAAUUUUAGAUGUUGAAAUGUAUU